AUGGCUCCGCCCACUCCUGCAUCGGCCUCGAGGCAUACCGUAAAACACGAAGCUCUCGUUCAGAAAUCUCUUGUACGAGGCGCAACUCCCUCUGCAGUAGACGUGGGAGCGUUUGCCGCGGAGACUACAAAGAGUGACCAGGAGCUUGCCAUUACAUUCAAGGCAGACCUUACAAGUAUUCGGAGCUUGGUAACAUGUUCGAUAUGCGAUCAGUUGCUGUACGAGCCUUGGACUUUAGCUUGCGGGCACACGUACUGCUACUCCUGCUUGUGCAACUGGUUCAUUCCGAAUAAAAGAAAGAAGUCAUGCCCUGAAUGCCGGACCCGCGUCCAACAGAUACCAGCUCCAAAUUAUCUUGUAAAACAAAUGGUUGAAGUAUUCACAAAACGGGGCGAGCUGAUGCCCUCAGACGAAUCUAUCGACCAACACACACAAAAACGUUCCGAAGAAGUCGCAGAGGUGGACCGAGAUAGAACUGGAGCUAAAGGGCUUUUUAAAGGAGCAUUCCCUGUAGCACAUGGUGGACAUGGAGGCGUAUGGAGGGACGAAGCGGAUGACGUUUGGAGAUGUCCCGAGUGUAACUUCGAGCAUGAAGGGGGGCCCGCUUGUCAAAACUGCGGAUUUGAGAUGGAUGAUGAGGACAUCGACUACGGCUUGUACAGCGACAUCGACGACGAUGCCGAUAUAGAGCACAUGGAUAACCUUUCUCUCGACAUGGAAGGCGAAUUAGAUGCUGAGUUUGACCUAACCUCCCCAGGAGCAUAUCUCGACAUGCAUAUAAAUCAUCCCCGUUUUCACACCAGGUUCCCUAAUCAUAUGCCACGGCCGAUGAGUUAUGAUACAGAUACUAGCGGAAUGUACAGCGAUGCCGACGAUGAUGAAGAAGGCUCACUGGACGGAUUUGUUGCUCCGGAUGACGAAGAAGAGCCAGGGCGGAACCCAGUCCGCCAGCCCUCUGAUCAGCGUGCCAUUGUUACAAUUUCAGACGACGAUGACGAUGACGAGUCUGAUGAAGGGGGUGCUGUCUCAAACCGAAUGCCACGACGACGGGCCCGGGCUCAUUUCAGUCCUACCCCUUCGGUCGUUACAGUGACCGACAACGGUGCAAAUGAUUCAGAUGCUGGUGAUAUGAAUAGUGAAAUGCUACGGACCGCCGGAUGGAGCCCAUUAGAUCAAGGGAAUGACAGUGAAGUCGAAGAACAAUUCGCAUUUCGUGACCGCUACGGAUACGAAGAUUCUGAUGACGGUCAAUCAGAUGAAAGCGAUACGGAGACUAUGGUUGGCGGCGAUGAAGGCCGAUCACGGGAGGAUUAUCCAGAGACGCCAACAUAUGAUGGCCCGCCUUACAUACCUCACGAGCACAUCCCAGAUAACUACGAAAGUCUAGAUGAAGAUGCGGAUGAUGAUGAUUCUGAAGCUGGAGAUUCUAGUGUUUAUGAUAGGGAUGGAGAUACCGAAAUGAGCGCCUCCCCGAGAGCUAGCCGUAGUGUAAGUGUCAAUACUGACGGCUAUGGCGAGCAUACCGACUAUCCUAGUGGUCCAGCAGACGAGUCAAGGUCGGAGCGUAGCGUUAGCCGCGUAACAGAUGACGAACCGAAUCCCUACGGAGCCGAGGAGUAUCUCGGAGGUGUGAAUCAAUUUCAUGACAUUGAGGACGAUGAUGAUGAGUCUGACGACCCUCGCCCGCCCCCACGGCGCCGACAGUUUGAUCGGUUCAACCAAGGAGUAGCAAUCCAGCAGCAAUUCGAUCCUCAGAUCAGUAGGAUGUUUGCAGAUCAUCAACAAAGCUUGAGAGGAGCUCAUGAUCCUGGUCGGAUGGUCACAAUGGCAGGUUUGGGUGAGCGAAACAGACGCACGACGACCUACCGCAACCAAAUUCCACGUCGGAAUGAUCCGCUGAGAGGUUCUCGGUCCCCUUCCGCGAACAGAGUCAUUGCUUCUUCGAACCGGCAUUCACGUCCGCCCCGCCAAUAUAUGUCGAGGGGUUACAACUAG